UUCACUUUCACUUUCCUCUCCUCUCCUCCAUCUCUCUCCCUUCUUCCUCUCCGGCGCCACCUCUCUCCGGCGAAUAUUUUCUUUCCGGCGAACCUCCUCUCCGACGAACCUCCAAAGAAGAACAUAAUGGAGUUCACAUUUAAGGUGGAAGUUAGUACAGGUCAUGAAUGGGUGGCUUACAAGAAAUUCAUUGAAUCCUUGCGCCACGAAUUGGCAUCUAGUAGGUCUUCACACGGUCGCCCUGUGCUUCAUGAUCCUAAUGAAAUUGAUGAUCCUAAUGAUACCAACAGGAGGUUCUGUGUGGUGGUACUGCAAACCAUACAAAACACCGAACAACAUGAGAUUAAGCUUCGGAUUCGGCGAGAUAACCUUUACUUGGACGGCUACCAAAUGGAGAAUUCUGAUCAGUGGUUACAGUUUGGAAGUGGUCAUCCCGAAUCCAACUUUCUGGGCUUCGGCGGUAGUUACAAUGACUUACAAAAUGCUGCCAGACAAUCGAUAGAUCGCAUAAACCUCGGCCAGCCUCAGCUCAUAACUGCUGUAAACCAACUUGCUUGGACUGAAGAUCGCCAGGAGAGGGCAAAGCAAUUGAUUGUCGUGAUUCAAAUGAUAUGUGAAUCAAUCAGAUUUAGUCGUAUCUCCGAGCAUCUGGCUACCCAAUAUAACCCCGGUUCCCCGCCCCCUACUUGGAUGACCGCGCUGGAACACGGCUGGGGGACCCUUUCUGAAGCAUUACUACGCGCCGACGCAGAUGCCACUCAUUACUUUCGGCUUCCGCAACCCAAUGACAUGCAAAUAACGAUAGCUGAGGAAGCGGCUGCUGCACUCGGAAUCUUGCUAUUCUUCAACUUUGGAAAGCCUAGGCCCCCACGCACGUUGCUGGCGGCUGAGGACAACAAUAUGUGUUUGCCACAAGGACGGCGGAUGGUGGAGGUGUUCUGGGUGUGCAUCGACAACAUCGACGGCGAGAACCCCGGCGAGCUCUACGGCACAAUCACGGUUGCGGAUGGACUGGGGUGUCAGUUCAUCUAUGAUCGACAACGGGAUAGUUACGAAACCAUCUAUCCGGGCAACAAAAUUUUACUAACUGGCCCCAGUAGAGCUAUCACAGCUUAUGAUAGCUUCACUGUGAAACUUCAUCUCUUGGAUAGGGAUGCUGUGAGUUGGGAUGAUGAAGUAAGUAAUGGGGAAAUCGCAUGGAAUGUUUUCGACACCGCCAAUGUCUUUGACAGCAUUUUAUAUGCUGAUGUUAAAGGAGAGAACGGUUCUGCAAGAGUUUGCUACACGGUGUUAAGUGAUGCGGUGGAGGCGACUAUUGCUGUUCGUCUCAUAAAUGGAGAUGGGGAAAACCCUGCUGAUGUUUAUGGAGAUAUUUCUGCUUCUUAUAGCGAUUAUCCUUCUGGGGAGAAGACUCUGCUCUUUCGUAAGAAGAAAGAGGAGUACAUAAAUGUAAGCCCUGGGGAAUGCAUUGUACUGACGAAGAAGACAGUAGCAGUUCCAACCAAAAACUCCCUCAGUGUUAGGGCAGAAUUGUACGAUCACGAUACAAUCACUCCCGACGAUGAGAUUGCAAAUGGAACUGCAGACUUCCCUCCGCUCUUCCACGGAACAUCUGAGAAGAAUAUUGCUGGGAAGUAUGGUGAAAUUCGAGUGGAGGUUACUUGGAAUAAGUCAUGGGGUAACGAGCUGUGAGUAUUAUUCUACUAGAAUGCUUAUGUUGUGAAGUAAUCGCGACCGAAACUCGUAUCAUUCUGUUAAAAAUAUUAUAUAUGCGUAUGGAUGUAUGACAAUAAAAGCGAACUUUAUCAUAUGUAAUAUAUGGUUAUAUCUUA